AGCCGCGCUUUGGCUAGCUAGCCCACUUUCCUGCUGCACUCUGUACUAUGGAUCGAGCGCGAAGACGAGAGGAGGCCGACAAAGCCUACGACGUACAAGUAAAAGCGGGUACCGAAGGUGCAUUGAGGUACACGGCGAUUGGCAUGGGACUAGCCAUCCUCGGCCAUUACACUUGGCCAGUCUUCAGACGACAAACUUUGGCAUUCAAAGGAUUCCUAGUAACAGGCUUUGCAAUAUUCGGACUCGUGGUGCACGCUGAGAAUGCCCUCCAGUCGCUUGAAGCUGAACAACGCCGUACCGAAUCUAUCAUUCGUCGAGAGGCGAGGAUAGACUUGACUCGGCGAGGGCUUGUACCGACAGAAACCGAGAUCGGGAAGUGGAAAGCCGAACGUCAGUCCCGAGAGACUCAAGGAAACGCUACUCCAGGAUCGGAAACUCAGACGUCAUGA